AAGCGCCUUUCAGUGCGGCGCCGCGAUCUGUGAAGUUCUCUGACCGCAAAACAAGCGAGAAACUCUCUCACCGCGCUCGGAUUUUACAAAAGUGGGAGACUGUACAGUCGCUUUUGACCUGCGGGUGGACUUUACUGCAUUUUCACGAUCAGUUGUGCGCCCUUUUCUGUUAUUAAACGCGUGUGUUUGAGGUGGUUUGGAGCGCGUCCUGUUUGCACAGAGAUCGGACUGCAGUAGAGCUGCGGGAACUGCGAGGGGACAGAGAGAUGACAGCUGAGAAAGAGAAGAAGAGGUGCAGCUCAGAGCGGCGUAAGGAGAAAUCUCGAGAUGCGGCGCGCUGCAGGCGCAGUAAGGAGACAGAGGUGUUUUAUGAGCUGGCCCGCCAGCUGCCUCUCCCACACAGCGUCAGCUCACAUCUGGAUAAAGCCUCCAUCAUGAGACUGGCCAUCAGCUACCUGCAGACACGCAAACUCCUCACAUCAGCCUGUGCUACUGCCACAGAGAUGACAGACGAAGACAGACUGAUGGACAGUUGGUAUCUGAAGUCACUUGGCGGCUUCAUUAGCGUGGUAACAUCAGACGGAGACAUGAUCUUCUUGUCAGAGAACAUCAACAAAUUCAUGGGUCUCACACAGGUGGAGCUCACAGGGCACAGCAUCUUUGAUUUCACUCACCCCUGUGACCACGAGGAGAUCCGCGAGAACCUCAGUCUUAAAGCCGGCAUGGGAAAGAAAGGCAAGGAGAUGGGCACAGAGAGGGAUUUCUUCAUGAGAAUGAAAUGCACAGUCACAAAUCGCGGGCGCACAGUCAACCUCAAGUCAGCCAGCUGGAAGGUCCUGCACUGCACAGGGCACCUGAAGGUGUGUAACGGCUGUCCCACACGAGUGCUGUGUGGAUUUAAAGAGCCACCGCUUACCUGUGUGGUCAUGAUGUGCGAGCCCAUUGCCCAUCCAUCAAACAUUGACACACCGCUCGACAGCAAGACCUUUCUGAGUCGCCACAGCAUGGACAUGAAGUUCACUUACUGCGAUGACAGAGUUACUGAGUUGAUGGGUUACAGUCCUGAAGACCUUCUGGGCCGAUCGGCGUAUGAGUUCUAUCAUGCUCUGGACUCCGACAGCGUCUCCAAAAGCCACCAGAACCUGUGCACUAAAGGCCAGGCGGUGAGCGCUCAGUACAGGAUGUUGGCUAAGAAUGGGGGCUAUGUGUGGGUGGAGACCCAGGGUACCGUCAUCUACAACAGUCGCAACUCCCAGCCCCAGUGCAUUGUGUGCGUGAACUACGUGCUGAGUGACGUCGAGGAGAAGUCCAUGGUCUUCUCUAUGGACCAGACUGAGUCUCUGUUCAAGCCUCAGCACUUGAACCGUUUCUUCAGUCCAUGCAAAGGCGGCUUGGGCAGUGAGCCAGGAGAAGUGCUCUUCACCAAACUCAAAGAGGAGCCUGAAGAUCUCACCCAGCUGGCACCUACACCUGGUGACACCAUCAUCUCUCUUGACUUUGGUAACUCCCAGUAUGAGAAGCACCCGAUGUACAGCAGUGUGUCUUCUGUGGCUCCUCCUGUCUCUCACUCUGUUCAUGACGGCCACAAGACGAGUUAUGCUGGAGACAUUGCCAAGAUGGCCGGCACUUUCUCUCUGCCUCAGGCUCCGCCUCCCAGCAGCACAACUCCCAGCCUGAGCAGCUGCUCGACGCCCAGCAGCCCUGGUGAUUACUACACCUCAGUGGACAAUGACCUGAAGGUGGAGCUGACUGAGAAACUAUUUUCCUUGGACACGCAAGAGACAAAGACUUCCUGCAACCAAAAGACUGACUUGAGUGAUCUGGACUUGGAGACUCUGGCUCCCUACAUCCCCAUGGAUGAUGAGGACUUCCAGCUCAAUCCCAUCUGCCCGGAGGAGCCGUCAUCUGAGACCGGGGCCCUGGGAACCAACCAGCAGAGCUUCAGCAACAUCACAAGCCUCUUCCAGCCCUUGAGUUCCCCUUCAGCAGCCCGCUUCCAGCCCAACAUGAGUUCAGGAGGGGAUAAGCAGAGCAUCAGCGGAGGCUCUGUGGAGUCCUGGCCAUCUGUACCCUACAACAGGGGCCCCAUGCAGAUGCCUCCCUGCCAUGAUCCCGCCAGCACCCCGCUGUCCUCUAUGGGAGGCCGUCAGAAUCUGCAGUGGCCGCCUGACCCUCCGUUACCCAGCAAGGCUGGAAUGAUGGAUCCUUUAGCUGCAAAGCGCUCUUGCCAAACUGUGCCAGCAAAUCGAAUGCCACCUUAUUUGCAAAGGCCCAUGGAGAACUUUGUGCAGAACUACAGAGAUAUAAGUCCAGCUCGACUUGCUCUCGCUAACAAUUUCAAGCGUUCGUUCACACAGAUGACAAUGAGUGAGACGCCCCCCACAAAAUCACAACACACGAUGUGGAAGAGACUUCGAAAUGAGAGCUGUGCCGUCAUGGACAGGAAAUCACUCAGCACCAGCGCUUUGUCAGACAAAGACAUGGUCCAUGAUGGAGGUAUGGACCACCAGCACAGGAAGACCCAGUAUUUGAUGAAUCAGGCCGGACAGGCGACAAAGCACUAUCGAGAACAGUGCUGUAACUACAGAGAGUUCAACAUGCAGCCUUCCUCCAAAAUGAAUGGAAUUGCGAGUCGUCUUAUAGGGGCCUCCUUCGAGAACUACUUUCUGCCUGAACUGACACGUUACGACUGCGAGGUCAACGUCCCGUUGCAAGGCAAUCUUCAUUUGCUGCAGGGCAGUGACCUCAUAAGAGCAUUAGACCAGGCCACUUAGACCGGUUUCUACACAGAAAUGCAGUCCCACUGUCCCCUGACCCUAUCGCUCAUCUCACACUCACCAUCCCGACAAUAACCAUCCCAGCUUCAGCACAUCCCACAAACACCCUCUCACAGUCAUACCUACCUGAGAGCAUACAUGACAAAUGUAGCUUUGAUUCUAUUUUUAUUGUCUACAUCUUCAUAAAUUAUAUACAUGUACUAUUUUUUUAGUUGCAAGACCGUUUCUGAAUGAAUUUAAGUGUUUUUGGAGGAGUUUAAAUGUUGCGUUGUUUCUCUUCUUGUCUGAUCGUUCCAGCGAAGCUGUUUUUAGCAUAUUCUCCUCUUUUCCUCUAUCAAUAUCAAACGUGAAAAAAAAGGAAGAAAAAAAAUCUACUGUAAGCUACUUGUUUUGAAAUGUUCUAAUUUCUUUCAUUUGUUCUAACUUUCCUACCUCUGACACAUCAUUAAAGACCCCAUGAAAUCAAAAGGGCCAGUUUUGAGCUAAUGCAGUGGUUCCCAAGCUGUGCGUAAUUCAGUGUGCUUUAUUAACAGUAUUAACAAUAGUUGAUCUUCAUACACGUGCUGCUGUCUCUCCACUCGCACAAACAUGUUCGCUCUGAGCCAAGGGUUGCCAGAUUUCACAAAAAGCAACCUGGUAUAAUAUAAACCAGGUGUCUCCAAACUCGGUCCUGGAGGGUCGUUGUCCAGACGACAAAUGCAGACUUGGCAAAACUAAUAUGAGAAAUAAAUUAAAUUAAAUUCUACUAAAUUCAAUAAUGUAUAAAGUUAUUCAGUUUAUUAUGAAUAAAAUAGACUAUAUAAAUUAUUUAAAUAUUAUUAAAAAAAAGCAAUAAAAUGACAUUGCAUUAUAAUAGUUCAGCACAUAAAUUAGUUUCAUUUUUUAUUUAGUUGUUUUUAAAGUUUAAUUAUGCUUUGUUUAAUUAUGCCUCUGCUGGCAACCACUGUGCUAGUGUACUCUUAAAAGUUAACCAAAUUUGUCACACACUUAAUGUUAUCAUUUUAAUAUAUUUCAUGUUUUAAUAUUUGUUAAAUCAAAUUCUGAGAUGAAAAUGUCCUCCUCUCUGCAGUCAUUAAAGUCAUCCUUUAAUAUUUUCAACAGGAAAUAUGUCAGUAAAGGAAAGAAAACUGUGCUCACGAGUCGUUUCAUGGGGUCUUUAUGCCUUGUCCUCACUGACCACUUUCAGUGUUUGUUAUUUGUGUGCCUUUCUUUGUUCGAUUACUGGCAAUACUGUAUUUCUCUGAUCUCUGUUUAUUGCCUUAUUGUGGAGACCACUUUAAAAACAUAUAUUUUUGUCUAUUUAGCUGUAAACAUACAUAUUUAAAGGAAGAUGCUCUAAGAUUUCUACAAUAGAUUUCUACUUUGAUGAUAAAGUUAAGCAUUUAUUUGUCCUGGUACUUUGUCUUGUCUACUCAGUAGAUGUGAUUCAGAGUCCUUAUCGAGUCUGCAGUGCUGGUGUCCUGUGCUCUUUCUUGGUGGCAUUUUUUCUGGAAAUAUGCAAAAAUGCAUAUUAAAGUUAUCGGCAGGCCAGUACAGUUGGUGCAAAAAUUUUUUUUUUUUUUUUAAUAAAGCAAAUCUGUUUUAGACAUGUUAUGUAGCAUAUUGGAUCCUUAAAAUGAGUUUAAUCUUAGUCAUUUCUUGCAUUGUUUAAAGAUGGUGCUUCAUGCUGCCUGACCCAUAUGAAUAUUAUAACAUUAUCUCUUUUUAUUUGAAUUUCCCUGAGGUUGUCUUUAAAGUUGAAUCAUAAAGCUUCUAAAUUAUUUAUUAAGGCUAUUAGUUACAACUGUGGCAAUAUGUAGUAAUGUAGCAAGAACUGUGGAUGAUGAUGAUUCUUCUGCUUAAAUACAUAUUACCACUUUAGAUCUUCUGUUAAAUUUUAAUGUAAAUCUACACCCCUAGUGAAAAAAAGAAAAAGAAAAGGAAUGACACAUUGCUACGAUUUAAAGGUACAAAGAUGAGGUUUGGCACACAGUCCAGUUUUUAAAGUAAUGGCGUGUUUUGAUAGAAGACUGGAGAUGUGUUGCUUGAUGUUGGAUCCGCUGUGUGAGACGGGAUCUGAGAGAGUGGCUGUGCACAACUAAGCAAAGCUAAUUCAGCAUUAGGAGAGAAUGCCACAAAUGUGUCCAGGUCAUAUUUCACUCCAAAGAAAUAAUAAAUCAAUUUUAAUAAAUAUUUUCAUUACAGUUACCCCCAAAAUCCCCCCCACCACCCCGAAAAAAAAACUUGAUCAAUUAUCAUUACCUGAAUGCUAAAAAAGGAAAGAAAAAAAAAAUAAACCAUGUGAUUUUUAGUAGUUAUUUAGUAUUUUAUUAGCUUCUAAUGAUUUAAAUUUAUACUGUUUAAA